GAGGCGGGACAGGGCGGCGUCCCGGACUCUGGUCCCGCCUGUCCCACCGCACUCAGUCCAUGUCCAGAGUGGGAAGAAAACCUUCAGGAGUCUUCAAAGACCUUCUUGCUGCACGUACGCUGACUUGUCCACUGCUUCUCUAAGACACUGAAGAUGAGGGUGUGGAUCAUCUUCCUGCUAUGCCUGGCUGGGCACGCUGCAGCUGCUCCAACUGAGGAAAAGCCAAUGGACGAGGCGCUGGUGCCAGAGGAGCAGCAGCCAAUGGACGAGGAGCCAGCGAUGGACGAGGAACUGGUGGUGGACGAGCCCGCCGUGGAGGAUUCCGUUGUCCAGGAGGAGGAGGCUAAGGAGGAGGAGGUGGGAGUCAACCCGGUGCAGGUGGAGACCGACGACUUUGAUGAGGCCAUCGAGCUGGAAGACGACGAUGUCACUGAGAACCCAUGUCUGCAGCACCAGUGCAAGAAGGGCAAAGUGUGCGAGGUGGACGAGAGCAACACCCCCGUGUGCGUGUGUCAGGACCCGUCCACCUGCGCGCCCGCCGAGGGAGUCUUUGAGCACGUUUGCGGCACUGACAACAAGACAUACGACACUUCUUGUCACUUCUUCGCCACCAAGUGCGCCUUGGAGGGAACCAAAAAGGGCCACAAGCUGCACCUGGACUACAUCGGGCCCUGCAAAGAUAUUGAGCCGUGCAUGGACAACGAGCUGACGCAGUUCCCCCUGCGCAUGAGGGACUGGCUGAAGAACGUCCUGGUGACUUUGUACGAGCGCGACGAGGACAACAACCUGCUGACCGAGAAGCAGAAGCUGAGGGUGAAGAAGAUCUACGAGAACGAGAAGAGGCUACAGGCGGGCGAACACACCCUGGACCUGCUGGCUCAUGACUUUGUCAAGAACUACAACAUGUACAUCUUCCCCGUGCACUGGCAGUUCAAGCAGCUGGACAUGCACCCCGCCGACGGCUACCUGACCCACACCGAGCUGGCCCCCCUGCGCGCCCCCCUCAUUCCCAUGGAGCACUGCACCACGCGCUUUUUUGAGGAAUGCGACGCCGACGGCGACAAGUACAUCGCGUUGGAGGAGUGGGCCGCAUGCUUCGGCAUCAAGGAGCAGGACGUGGACAACGAUCUCCUCAUCUAAACGGACGCGCCGCACGAUCGCUCGCUCCUUUGCGGACGAGGUGCUCAUCGCUACGUUUCAGAAAAAAACAGUUUUGGUGCUAAUUGCUUAUUUUUUUAUUUAGAUUUUGAAGUAACACACUUUGCUGCCUUAUAUACCACUAGUAAGACCAACAAAGAUUCCAAAAACAAAGACUAACAUCAAACUUAAGACUUCUGAUGUAAAUGUUUUGUUAACAUAUUUAAAUUGAUGUUUCGGGGCUUUGACCUGACUAAAAAGUCCCCCCCAAAAAUCAUGAAAGUUUGGAAAUAAAUGUUCCCUACGCUUGCUUUGUACUGCACAUUUUGUUUUUUUUAGUCGUUGUGCUUCACUACUGCGCUUGCUCAAUCAGAAUAAUAAAAAAAAAUGAUAAAAUGGGCAUGUUCAAGCAGGGGAAUGUCUCGCAGGCUGAGUUUUUUUCCCUCCAAAGUGUCAUGAUUGACAAGAGCGGCAAAGCUUCCUUGAUGAAAUACAAUAAAACCGAUCUAACGAUCAAAUGUCUGCGUGUUCGUC